AUGGCCAGCGCCAGCCCUGCCAAGAUGGACAGCAGCGCCAGCCAGUUCCUGCAGCCCGCCUGCUUCUUCGCCGCCGCCCAGAGCGUGCCGCCGCCGCCGCCGCCGCCGCUGAGCCCGGCCGCCGGCCAGCCCUCGCCGGGCAGCAAGGCGGCGGCGCCAAAGCCCGUCAAGCGACAGCGCUCGUCCUCCCCGGAGCUGAUGCGCUGCAAGAGGCGGCUCAACUUCAGCGGCUUCGGCUACAGCCUCCCGCAGCAGCAGCCGGCGGCCGUGGCGCGGCGGAACGAGCGGGAGAGGAACCGGGUGAAGCUGGUGAACCUGGGCUUCGCCACCCUCAGGGAGCACGUCCCCAACGGGGCGGCCAACAAGAAGAUGAGCAAAGUGGAGACGCUGCGCUCGGCCGUCGAGUACAUCCGAGCCCUGCAGCAGCUGCUGGACGAGCACGACGCCGUCAGCGCCGCUUUCCAGGCCGGGGUGCUGUCCCCCACCAUCUCCCCCAGCUACUCCCACGACAUGAACUCCAUGGCGGGCUCCCCCGUCUCCUCCUAUUCCUCCGACGAAGGGUCCUACGACCCGCUGAGCCCCGAAGAGCAGGAGCUCCUGGACUUCACCAACUGGUUCUGA